ACCAACAACGUCAUUGACCAAAAAGAAGAAAACACGUUAAACUUGACGUGGACUAAAGCACUAAAGUAGCUGGCCCACUUUGCUAAAUAAAAUGUACUAGACAUUCUAAAUAUUUAACUUAUAAUAUACGGAAUACACAGGAAUUUAACACUGGAUGAGAAUUUGUGAAAGAAGAUGGCCCUAGUUAUUAAAAUGUUAAGUGCAGUUUGUCUGGUGUUGUUACCGUUACUUUUAAGUCAAAAUGUUGAUGCGGCAGCAGUCAUAUCCAUAGAUUUUGGCUCAGAAUGGAUGAAAAUCGGCAUAGUGUCACCUGGAGUACCUAUGGAGAUUGUGCUUAAUAAAGAGUCUAAAAGGAAAACUCCCGCUGUAGUUGCGUUCAGAGACGAUGUGAGGACAUUCGGGGAGGAUGCUGUAACAGUCGGAGUAAGGUUCCCGAAAAAUUCCUACAAGUAUUUAUUGGAUCUACUUGGAAAGCCUUAUGAUCAUCCUAUGGUGCAAUCUUUUAAAGAUAAAUUCCCAUACUAUGAGAUAGUGGCGACAGACAGAGGAACUCCUGAGUUUGUGCAUGAUGAUAAAACUAGAUACACACCUGAAGAGUUGGUUGCUCAACUGCUGGCUAAGGCUAAGGACUUUGCAGAGAUCAGUCAUGGUCAACCAAUCACUGAAUGUGUUAUCACAAUACCUGGCUUCUUCAACCAAGCUGAGCGUAGAGCUAUGAAGGAGGCAGCCGCGCUUGCUGGCCUCAAUGUGUUGCAGCUGAUUAAUGAUUACACAGCCAUUGCUAUCAACUAUGGGAUAUUUAGGAGGAAGGAAAUCAAUGAGACCGCAUGGCACGCUCUGUUCUUCGAUAUGGGCGCAGUGUCCACUAAAGCAGCACUUGUGGAAUAUAGAACAGUGAAGAUAAAGGAGAAGGGCUAUGUUGAGACCGUGCCGCAGAUGCAAGUCAUUGGAGUUGGCUAUGACAGAACACUCGGCGGGUUAGAAAUGACUUUACGUCUUCGAGAGCUCUUAAUAAAGGCCUGGGAAGCGAACGGUGGUGGAGACGUUAGGACGUCACCCCGCGCCAUGGAGAAGCUGUUGCGGGAGGCCGAACGACUGAAGAUAGUCCUCUCUGCCAACUCUGAACACUACGCGCAGAUUGAAAGCUUGCUCGAUGAUAAAGAUUUUAAGCAUUUGGUAAGCAGAGCGGAGCUUGAAGCUCUAUGCUCUGACCUCUGGCCACGUGUAUCUGGCGUUAUCCAGCGCGCCAUAGCCGCGGCCGCCGGGUCCGGUACCGGAGCUCGACUUAUAGUGGCCGGGGGCGCUUCUCGCGUACCAGCCGUACAGGAAGCUUUGCGUUCGGCCGCUGGACUUGAGCUCUCGCGGUCUAUCAACGCUGAUGAGGCCGCUACUCUUGGAGCUGUAUACAGGGCGGCAUCCCUUGCGACCGGCUACAAGGUGGCUCCGUUGAACGUCCGCGACGCAGUAGUGCUUCCAAUACAAGUGGUAUUCACUCGCCACGUCGAUGGCAACGACAGACUGAUAAAGCGUACACUCUUCGGCCCCAUGAAUCCUUACCCACAGAAGAAGGUUAUCACUUUCAACAAACACACAGAUGACUUCACUUUCACAGUCAAUUAUGCUGAGUUAGACCACAUACCAUCAACUGAAUUGAAAAAUAUUGGCACAUUGAACCUAUCACAAGUCGUACUACGCGGUGUAAGCGAAGCCUUAGCUAAGAAUUCAGGCGAUAAUAUAGAACAUAAAGGCAUUAAGGCACACUUUAAUCUCGACGAUUCCGGCAUCCUUAACUUAGUUAACGUCGAAUUUGUCGCCGAAAAAACUGUAACAGAAGAAGAAGAUGACGACAGCACACUAUCCAAAAUAGGAAGUACCAUAAGCAAGUUGUUUGGGUCUGAUUCAGAAACGCCAGAAAAACUUGAAGAAAAACCAGAUGAAAAACCCCAAGAACAAGCAAAGAAUGACACAGCUAAAGCCAAUGACACGGCGUCUGAGAAACAGAACGCAACAGAAGCGGAGAGUAAACCGAAACCAAAAAUUGUUGUUCUUAAAGAACCUAUCAAAACAGACGAACAGAUUUUGAAUCUGCAACCAUUGUCACCGGAAGAUUUCAAAAAAUCUAAAAAGAAGAUAACUGACUUGAACAAUAUUGAUAAAAAACGCAUAGAAAGGGAAACAGCUUUGAACAACUUGGAAGCUUUUGUUGUGGAUGUUCAACUGAAAAUCGAUAUGGAGGAAUAUGCUGAAUGUGGAACACCUGAACUCAUAGAGGAAAUCAAAAAGUUGUGUUCUGAAACAUCCGAAUGGCUAUACGAUGAUGGAUACGAUGCACCGACUGAGAAGUUUGAAGAAAAGCUCAAUUCACUCAAAGAAAAGACAAACUCUAUAUUCUACAAACAUUGGGAACACAGAGAAAGACCCGACGCGGUAGCGGCAAUUAAAAAACUGCUGAAUAGCUCUGAAGAAUUCCUAAAAAUGGCCAAAAACUUCACCAAAGAGGCAAAUGCUGACAAAGAUGUUUUCACUGAAAUAGAAAUUACAGUACUCGAAGUUAAGAUAGAGGAAACUAAAAACUGGUUAGAAGAGUCGAUUAAAGAGCAAAAUGCGUUGAAGAAAAACGAUGAUAUCAAAUUAACUGUCGAUAGUAUUAGGGAGAAAAUGGCGGCUUUAGAUAGAGAGGUGAAGUAUUUACUGAACAAGAUGAAAAUAUGGAAACCAAAGAAACCGGUUAAAACGGAGAGUGAUAAUAAAACAGAAACAGUGGUAGAACCAGAGAAAGAGAAAACAGAGAACCAAGAAGAGAAACUGAAGGCUCAAGAGGAGAAACCGGUUACUGAAGAUGAAGAAGGGGGUUCUGUAGGUGAGGAGGCUCCAGAAAUCCUUCAAAUUGGCGACGAACAUAAUGAAGAGGUCGAACAUUCCGAGUUAUAGGUGAUGUGUUGGAAAUAAGUUAAUUUAUUUAGUCUAAUUUGUUUUUUACUCUGAGUAUCUACUGUAGGGGUGUGGUGUGUUCUCUUUUUGUACUGAAUUUACCUAAAGCACAACGUAACACGGUGGUUCCUUCACAUGUUUUACCAUUAUUUAUAGCUAGAGCUGGCGGGAAGUACUGAUAUGGAUUUGAUAAAAGUUAUUUAAUAAAAGAUGGCAAUCUCAAAACAGCUGUUCUGUUUGGCGUACAUGUGCGUUAAUAAUAAUACUGCAGUCUUUGUAGGAGGUCAACAGCGAGCAGUAAUAUUUACUCAUACAUGUUCGGUAAUAGAUCAGUUUUAAUGUCCAAAAAAGAGCCACUAUGUGUGUAAAUGUAAGAUAAUAUGUCUUUGUUUCACUUGAGCAAAACCACUAAAGGUACUAUAAUAAAACCUUUAAGCUAUUUUCAAGUCCUUUGCACAUAUCCCGCUCGCUCUUGGAUCAUUAUUGAUUAGUGAUUUAGUUUACUGAAGCUACAUGUUGAGGCUUAACUUAAUUACAUAAUAAGUUUCAUUACCUACAGUGUAAGUUUGUAUUUUGUGUGUAUCUGUCCUUGCCGGCUGUUAGGGCAGCUUUCCAUCUGAUUUGCGAAGCGAUAAGGGUAAAACAGUUGCUAUACAGAAACUGGAGGAGGUUAACUCGGGGGUAUAUGUGUUGUAACUGCUCAUCCGCGCGACUGUUCGGAGCGGUCGGGACUGCUCGAGCGUGUGACAAUGAAAGGAAGAUCGUAGUUCACUAUGAAGCAGUCAAUUAUGAUUAAUUCAUGCUUAUGACCGAUCUUAGUGCAAAAAUAAGCCAAGAAAGAAAAGAGUAAACCAAACGAAUUUAAUAGUAUUAAAGUUUUAUUACUCUUGAGUCUAAUAAUAAUAACCGAUUAACUUUUGAACCAAUCAACAUCGCGUCGCUGCGUUUGCAAAAUCCGUUAAAUGAUUUUUUCUAGAUUUUUAGGGUUCCGUACCUCUAAAGGAAAAACGGAACCCUUAUAGGAUUUGUUGUCUGUUUGUGUAUCUGCCCGUCUGUUUAGUCAUUGAUGCCAUUUGGUUCAAUGCUCCCCUUUUUUUAACAUGUGUGUUUGUUUAAGAUAAUAUUUUUAGCCAUGUGAUUUUAAUCAAAAUUAAGCAGAGCAAUUUUUUUUAACUUAACUAGUAGCUAGCCUGAUAAUAGUUUGUGAUUUUCUACAUAACGGAAUUUGCAUGCAUAAAGGACGAUUCGUUUACACAGAAGACGGUGAAAAAUGGCAUUAAAAACUCUGCUUGCCAUCGCUUCGCAUUCUGUAGAAAGCCGUUGUAACAGUAUACCAUUACAACUAUUUAGAAUUUCAUAUUAUGCUCUCACUUAAAUAUACUAUAGUUAGUUUAAUACCUUUAGGAUAUUGUGAUAAAUUAGUGCAAAAAGCGAACGCGUCAUUGCAAUCGAAAUCUUAAAUCUCAAAUCAAAUCGGCUGCCUAUUCUUUUUAACCGUCUCUCCUUAAGCCUUUGCUUCACGUACAACAGACGGAAACGUUUAUGGGCGGAAACCAGCCCAGAGAGAAGAAAGAAGAAGCCUUUGCUUAUAAGGGUUGCUAUACACACAGUCGGGUCGGACAUUCGAUUCGGCAAUUUUUAUUGCACAACUAAAGCAACCCCGGUGUAACCUACGUAUAAUAUGUUUGACUUUCAUUGGGUUCACCCGAUUGGCAAUACAGCUCGGUUAAUCCAGCUCCGUUCAGCUUUUAGCGCUCGUUACCAUUUCUCGCUCGAAUCAAGUAUUUGUAUAAUGCGGGCAGGUCGUUCGGCUUUGUCUCUCGAACUUUCGUCUCCAACCAAUAGGCGUCCACUGCUAGGUUUCUUGUAGGGGCAUCCACAUUCCUUGGUGUUUCGCCGCCUGAAUCUAGCUAGUGAACUUACCGAAGCAUACGUAUAUGUUUAAAGCAUCAUCCAAACCAGCAAGACCAAAGCAACUACGAAGCGGGAAUAUCAGCCGCGCGUUGGUGCCUCCCACGAUAAUUUAAUGCACCAUGCACACCUUCGCAACUACUACAUUUCUACGUGUAGAUUCGGGUCCCUCGUUCAUGAUGCGCAGGUGUGGCCAUAGCUUAAUAAUAUCUACCGCCCAGUUGUGCCGAGCCGAUUAUGUUUAUAGCAACCCAAAAAUGGUUAUUGGUCUUAUUAUUGCCGAUUUGCAAUGAUCGGUUUUUGUUUCUUAUUUAUUUAUAAGAAAAGAUUUAUUUUUCAUUGAAUUGAAAAAUUUGUAUUUUCCUGUAAGUGAGAUAAGAAUAAAUCAAUACUCGACACGUAUUGUAAUUUACUUUAUUGUAAAAUCGGUCUGUGCAUUAAUGAAUUAAAAUUUUACUCACUUUUUAUAUUAAAAUUAUAUUACGAAUAUUCAGUCUCAAAAAUUCGAAUAACGUGAUUAAAGUCGUCGCACAUAUUUCACAGACUUAUCACUCGACGCUGACUCCACUCCAACUCGACUCACCGUAAAGCAUGGAAAUGAAGGGGUUUGGUACAGUUAUGGCCAUCUCUGACCCAUUUGCUAUUCGUUGAACCUGCUUGUCUAUGCAUCGGCAUCGACAACGCGCUUGCAGCUCAUAGCUGGCCCACUCCACCCAAUGACAAAUUAAUGCUAUUUUUUUUAUACAUGACGUGACGAGGACGUGACGACGUUGAAGAUGUGUUGCCCACUCAUUGAGGCUCUGUUGUCCACUGGCGACCGUCGGGUUAAUCGCCUAAUUAAUGCUGAAUCGAAAGUUGAAGUUGGAAUAUUGAUGCCGAGCGAGUCUGUGUGAUGAGCGAAGACCCUUAUUCAAAGGUCAUACUAAAAAAAGUUUGAGUAACGUAACUGAUCUACAAUGAAAAAUUCAAAACAUUAUUAUCUAAAUAAUAUAAUAAGUCGGCAUUUUAAUGUAUAUUAAUGUAUACUAUUAAUAUGAUGUAUUAUUUUAAUAUGAAAAGUUGAAUGAUUGAAUCAUAUUAUUUUUUAAUAAGGUAAAAUUCAUAAUAUUUAAAAGAAUGAUGAAUUGGUGCUCUAAAAAUCUACACAGGAUUCUAAAAUAUAAAGUAUUUUGAAUUCUGUGGUGCUCUAUCAUUUGGCUACGGGUUCGAAUCAAAAUGUAGACAAAAUGUCGAUAAUUUAGUUACAAUUUUAAUAAUUCAAAACGUAAAUUAAACUGUUAAGUUAUGCAAAUACGUCUCUUUUUGCUAUAACGCCCAAUGAUGUUUGGUUCCAAUAUAGGUAUGUAAACAUUGUGCAGCGAGCUCAUUCAUGCUCCUUUACUACUUCUAUUUUGAAUUCUGUGGUUGACUAAAAAAAACUAUGUUUUUACCCUUGUUUUUAAAUCAAUUAUAUUUAUUAGUUUGUUUAUUUAUACUAGCGGCCCCUGUUUUACAUUUAUAAUAAUUUUUCAGUGACCUUUAAAAACGAUGAAUGCGCGAGAUUACAGUAUAAAUUUUGUUGUUGUAAAAUUUUAUGUAUUGUGAUAAUUUAAACUUUAGCUUGACGAAUUGCAUGUUUGGUUUCUCUGAUACUGACUACGGACACAGUCUAGCAAGCGUACAGUUUGAGAACGGUGUUAUUUUGCCAUAUUACACAUGACUUUUAAGCACUAGUUUAUAUAUUCAGUUUUACUUCUCUUAUAAACCAAAGCCGCUGGCUUGUAGGCCUAAUUUAAAAACACAUAAGCCACUUAGACUAUUUUCAACUUUUGUGAUGUUUAAUAAAAUUAAUGAUAUGAAAAUUUAGUGCGUAGUAUGGUAAAUCAAGAUUACCACCGCGCCUUAUUAUGAAAGCAUAUCUAUACUAUCUAUACAUAUAAUAUUAUGAAAGAGUAAAGUUUGUUUGUAGGCGGUAGUCUCUGAAACUACUCAUCCGAUUUCAAAAAUCUUUCACCAUUUUAAAGGUACAUUAUUCCAGAUGGGCACAGGCUAUAUAAUAUUAUAAUAUUACUAUGUAUAUAAGAGGUAUACUAAUCUUUCUCCCGAGCAAAGAGGGUGGAUCAUCUAGUUUCUAUUUGUGUGAUGUAUGCUCAAUUCACAAUAAGAUCGUAGGCCGACGUUCUUCGUCAGUAAAAUCGUUACUUAUCUGUAUGAUUGCUAAACUGUGCUAGUGGUUUUUAAUUGUUAAAAAUUACUCACAUAUUGAAUUUAUUAGUAUUAUUAAUAACAUCAAAAUGUAGUUGUAUCAGAGAGACAUGUCUGUGAACUAUUAUGUAAAGAUUUAAGUGAGAUAGAUAUGAAUACCCAGUCGCAAACGAUGAAAAAAUAAAUUAUUAAAUGAAAUGAA